AUGGCUUCCGUUAGAUGCAUAGCCGAGGAUAACAUGUUAACCUCUAGAACUAUCUCUUCAACUCAGGGAAAGAAGGACCGCCUGCGGGUGAUUAUCGCUGGAGGCUCUGUUGCUGGCCUGACGCUGGCGCACGCUCUUCACCAUAGUAAUAUCGACUACGUUGUUCUCGAGGCGCGUGAUGAGAUUGCACCCCAAGUGGGCGCAUCAAUCGCCAUUCUUCCCAAUGGUGCGAGAAUCCUCGAUCAGCUGGGCAUAUUCGAUGACAUACUUGCCAUGGUAGAGCCGCUAGAGAAUGGACUGAGCUGGACUGGCGACGGAAAACUGGUUGUGGAUAGCAACUCGCCUCUUCUGACUAGAGUUAGAACGGGAUACCCCGUCGCAUUCUUACAGCGCCGCGAUCUGCUGAAGGUUCUCUAUAAGCACAUCCCGGACAAGUCCAAGGUUCACACCUUAAAGCGGGUAUGCAAAGUGGACCACAACGACUCCGGCGUUGUCGUACACUGCCAAGAUGGAACGAACUACCAGGGAGAUAUCAUUGUUGGCGCGGAUGGAAUACACAGUGCAGUGAGAACUUUGAUGCAGCAGCAUAUCGAGAUAACAAGCCCUGGCGCCACAAUGAACGACAAAAACAGUAUCUCUGCGGAAUAUAAUUGCAUUUUUGGGCUUGGAGACUCCGUUGAAGGAGUUGUCCACCCAGGAGAUUCGCAUAGGUCUUACUCCAAGGGCCAUUCAACCCUCUCCUUCAUUGGGAAAGGUGGAAUUGUAUACUUCUUUUUGUUUUCAAAGAUGGACAAAAGAUAUCACGGCAAGGAUAUACCACGGUACACAAAGGCCGACAUAGAAGAAGCUGUAAGGCCAUUCUUUAACAUCUACAUGACUGACACAAUCACAUUUAAAAUGGUGUGGGAGAAGCGGACAUUCGCAAGCAUGAGCUGCGUUGAAGAAUCUACGAAUGAGCACUGGACCUCAGAUAGAUUUGUGUGUUUGGGGGAUUCUAUACACAAGAUGACACCCAACUUGGGGGCUGGAGGCAAUGCGGCAGUUGAGAGUGCAGCAGCACUGGCUAACAGCAUGUCAAGACUCGGUCCAAAUCCUUCGUUGGAUGAGGUUCGAAAGGUGCUGAAAGAAUUUUACCAGAAGCGACACGAACGUGCAAACGCCAUCUGUAAAUCAGCCAAUGACUUAACCCGAAUCGAAGCAUUAGCAACUCUGCCGCAUAAUAUUUUUGCGCUUCACCUUAUACCGACUUUGGGUGAUUUCCUCGCUGAUAUUACAUGUGAUUCGAUGGUUGGAGCAGAAAUUCUAGAGCGCCUGCCCCAUCCGCCAAAGUCCCUUACAGCGACAAUGCCCUGGAAUCCCGAGAUGGGUGUCGGAAAGCACGAAAGCAAAUUGAUCCGAGCACUAUAUGCUCUUCCCCUUCUUGCCAUCUUCUAUGGUUGCGGAAAGACAAUGGGCCCGGCUUUAGAAAAUGCCCUUCCAAUACUUGAGAGUGCGCUCACAACGGGAGAGAUCGCUCUCGGCGGUGGGAAAGUGGCGUCUUUGGUCACCAGCUAUUUCAGAAUCAAGAGUAUUGAUGACCUCAUUGGUAUCUAUGUUGCAGCUUUCACUCCAUCGAUUGGGGGACAAGACCCUGCCAGCCGGAUGCAGAUGAUAUCACUCCUGGGGGACCUCAUCCCAAUCCAAUCUAUAUUCAUGAUUGAGUCGAUUAGACGUGGCAACUUUCUCACGGCCUCUAACCUAUUGCCAACGAUUUUUGGAAUUCUUUACCAACUCAAAGGAAUCGGCUACGUUGCGCCAAUCUACUUCUUCCUCCACUACGUCCAGUCCCCGCUCGAGAACUAUCAUGCAGCGGACAACAGACUCACCCAGAUGGGCCCUGUCAAAACGAUCAUUCCCACAAUCCUCCUGUCAUAUGUCCUCCCAACCAUCGGAAUGUUUGCAGCCACAACUCUUUUCACCCGCCAAUGGAUCAACGGCAUAUUCUGGCAGCCAUUUCCAAUUUACGCUUCCAUCCUCCAACACGUCCUCAGCAGGUUCGUCAAGGACACCACUGACGAAGAUCGCAUCAACAACCCUGAAGCAGAUAUGCCACACCUCCGCCGAAUUUAUCGUUUUGCCGGAAUAGCCGCCGCUUGUGCGUUCUUAUACGUCCGCCUUAGGUCCCCAGUUCCAGCAACGGAAGUUUUCUUCAGCGGUAUCAGGAAUCCAUCAGCUGCCGUGUCCGUCAUGCAAAGUCUUGCGAAGACCUUCAGGUACGAUCAGAUCUGUGCAUCUAGUGCGGGGGCUAUCUGGACGAUGCUGAGCUUCCGCGACCUUAAAAGGGCCGGGAAACUGUCGGCCGGCUGGGGGAGGAUUGUUGGAACUUUUGCUGGGCUGACGGCUGUCGUUGGCCCGGGAGCUGCGAUGACGGCUAUGUGGGCGUGGAGAGAGGAAACUUUGGCCAGCAGAAAGGUCCCGGCGGUCAAGGAAGAUUGA